UCCGCGACUCCGCGACUCUGAGAUUCCGUGAAUCCGAGGGUCGCGGUGCGAGGCCGCCGAUCGCCAGAGAUCAGUUGAUUGCCAGCCACCGGGGACGCAGCAUCGCCAUCGGCUCGAGAAUCAAUCAGAGCGGAAAGUUGGAAAAUAGCAGAGGCCAUUGGAAAAUCGGGAAAAUGCUGCAGCUCCUGCUUAUCACCCUUCUUCUGGCCCUUUUGGGGGCUCAGGCCCAGCAAUUUGGCAAGGUCAUCAUGCAUUUUGGCAACUGCAACUCGGCGGAAUACGGCAGAGGCACCUGCAUCGAGAAGAAGGACUGCGACUUCUACGCCGUGGAAAAGCUAACGGACUUCGACAGCAAACGGCAGUGUUUCUCCCGCCAGCGACCCGAUCUGGUUUGUUGCCCCCGCGAGACGAACAUCAUACCGCCGUUGAGUCCGAGGAUUAGGACCGACAACACCACCGGCGGGGUGAACACCAGCACCACCCUCAUCCUCCCCAGCACCACCACUCCGCUGCGGCUGGUGGCCCGCACCACGCCACGCCCACCCACCGGCAUCGACCAACUGCCCCAGCAUCCGUACUGCGGAUCGGCCUUCAACUUCCGCCUGUUCGGUGGCCAGAACACCGGCCUCUUCGAGUUCCCCUGGACCACGCUGCUGGAGUACGAGCUGCUCGGCGGCGGCAAGGACUUCGCCUGCGGGGCAUCCUUCAUCGCCCAAAGGUGGCUGGUCACCGCCGCCCAUUGCCUCCAGACGCCGGGCAGGAAUCUCACCGCCGCCGUGCUGGGCGAAUGGAACCGGGACACCGAUCCGGAUUGCGAGAACAACCUGAGCGGCGUGCGGGAAUGUGCCCCACCGCACAUCCGCGUGACCAUCGAUCGCAUCCUGCCGCACGCGCAGUACUCGAACAUUACCUAUGUGAAUGACAUAGCCCUGCUGCGACUGUCGCGUCCGGUGAACUGGCUGCAGAUGCAGUACCUCGAGCCCGUCUGCCUGCCGCCGCAAAGGGGCAGGAAUGCCAAUCAGCUGGUGGGCUCCGCAGCCGACGUUUCCGGGUGGGGCAAGACGGAGACCAGCGGCAGCAGCACGAUCAAGCGGAAGGCCAUGCUGCACAUCCAGGCGCAGGACCUGUGCCAGGAGGCCUUCCUCAAGGAGUCCAAGAUAGAGCUGGUCGACAGCCAGAUGUGCGCCGGCGGUGAGCUCGGAGUGGACUCCUGCAGCGGCGACUCCGGCGGACCGCUGACCGUGGAGGGCAACACGCCGCGGGGCAACCGCUAUGUGUACCUGGCCGGAGUGGUCUCCUUCGGACGCGAACACUGCGGCACCGCGCUCUUCUCCGGCGUCUACACCCGCGUCACCAGCUACAUGGACUGGAUCGAGAACACCAUUCGAGCGAACCGCGUUUGAAGAGCCAAACUUAUUGUGACAUUCGAUGACAUUAAAAAGAUUUUUUUUCAAAUAUAAAUAAUAUUUAUUAUAUUUUUUA